CAAGAUGAAAACGUGGGAACUGGUAUUUGCUGCUCUUGUGGUGGUUUUAAACCUGCAAUCUCACGUUCAUGGAGUGCCGCAAGUACCUUGUUAUUUCAUUUUUGGAGACUCUUUAGCAGAUAAUGGCAACAACAACUUGCUUCAAACAAAGGCUAAAGCAAACUACCCGCCAUAUGGUAUUGACUUCCCUAAUGGCCCAACAGGAAGGUUUACCAACGGCCUAACCACGUUUGAUAUGAUAGCUCAACUUUUAGGGUUCGACAAGCUUAUUCCACCCUUUGCAACUGCUAAUGACUCGGACAUACUUCAAGGUGUGAAUUAUGCAUCUGGUGCAGCAGGAAUUCGCCAAGAAACUGGGAAUCACAUGGGUGAUUGCAUCAGCUUGGGUGGGCAGUUGAAGAAUCACUGGGUUACAGUCUCACGCAUUAUUAAAAAACUAGGAAAUAAGUACACAGCCAUGAAGUACCUAAACAAGUGCUUAUAUUCAGUUGGAAUGGGGAAUAAUGAUUACAUUAAUAACUACUUCAUGCCUAAGAAUUACAACACAAGCCACCAGUAUACUCCAGCGCAAUACGCCAGAGUUCUUAUUAGACAAUAUUCUCGUCAAAUAGAGACUUUGUACCAUGAUGGAGCAAGGAAGUUUGCACUAUUUGGAGCGGGAGUAGUAGGCUGCACUCCAAAUUCAAUUUUUUUGUAUGGCACAAAGGGCAAACCGUGUGUAGAAGAAAUCAACACUGCGGUCACUCUAUUUAACCAGCAGCUUAUAUCACUAGUUGAUAAUCUGAAUAGGAAUCUAACUGGUGCAAAAGCUAUAUAUGUGAACUCUUAUCAGAUGGGGUCUGGGGAUCCAUCAGUUCUUGGUUUCAAGGUUACGGAUGUUGGGUGUUGUCCAGUAGACCAAGAUGGGCAGUGCACACCUUCCAAAACUCCAUGCCAGAAUAGGACUGAAUAUGUAUUCUGGGACGCUUUUCAUCCUACUGAAGCUGCUAACCGAGUCUCUGCAAGUAGAUCAUACAAAGCAUAUCUCCCGAACGAUACUUAUCCAAUUGAUAUUAGUCACCUAGUUCAGCUUUAAUCAUGGAACCCUAUUGGCUAUGGUUUUAAUUUAUCAUAGAAGAAUCUUUUUGAGUUGUUUACAAUUCAUCACAAACAGAGUUAUUAGAACCAUGUACCAUCCAUGAUUUUUUGGUAGUUUCCUUCUAUGGUUUUAUUCUAUAAAAGUUGUCCAAAUUAGGACAAAGGAAAUAUCAAGCUUUAAAAAAAAAUAUGUUUGGGUUGCAUCAAACUUCUUUUUUCCCCCUUUUAGAGCUAGCGUCUCUGUUUCCAGGUGGUGACAUGUUCUCGGGUCUCUAUUAUUUGGAACAUCUUGGGAAUAUGGUGUUGUUAUUUUAGCACCACUUUAA